AUCUUUCACUAGAAUUUCGAAUUAAUUUUCGGUCAUUUUGGCUAAAUUAAAAUUUUAUAUAUUUUAAAAUUUUCAAUUUGACCUCAUUUCUUUUUUUUUUUUCUUCUUCCCAUCCCAAGACAGACUAAGGAAAUGGAGAUCGGCCGGCGAUGAUCAAGACACAAACCAGCAGCGAAGCAUCGUCAACACAGAUCCUAAAUCAAGGGUUAGUGGUUCGUCAAGGGGUAUAAUCUGUGAUCCAUUGAAGCGGAAGAUCUUCUUCGUCAUGGAGUACGUCCGGGGCGGGGAGCUUCUGGGGAGGUUUGCGGCGGAGAGGAGGCUGGAGGAGGAGAGUAUUUCCGGCAGUUCGUCGGCGCCGUGGAGUUCUAUCACAGGUUUCCGAUUUCGGGUUGUCCGUCUUGCCGGAGCAGCAGAGGCACGACGGCCUUUUGCACUCCCUCUGUGGCACUCCGGCUUAUGGGACUGAGAGUGGGUGUCAUGUGCAAAUUACUAUACUUUUUUGGUAAUAUAUAUGACCAUGUUUGGUAAUGUAAGUCCUAUUUUGGGAAUAAAAACAUGGAAGUCCU